UUGACGUACAGGGAGGAGAGAUUCACGUCGCUUAGAAACCAGGGCUCUCUGUACCGAGAAAUUUCUGCAAUUUUUUUUUCGGGAGUGUUGAGUGAUCCAUUAGCAGUUGAAUCAAAACAAAAAUGGGGUUGACUUUCACGAAGCUGUUCAGCCGGCUUUUUGCGAAGAAAGAGAUGCGCAUUCUGAUGGUAGGUCUUGAUGCUGCUGGUAAGACUACAAUUCUCUACAAGCUCAAGCUUGGAGAAAUUGUCACCACAAUCCCUACUAUUGGGAGGAGAGAUUCACGUCGCUUAGAAACCAGGGCUCUCUGUACCGAGAAAUUUCUGCAAUUUUUUUUUCGGGAGUGUUGA